AUGAUAACCACCCAGAGUACAGUCCAAAGUACGACCACGAAAAGACGCAGCUCUUUCACCACAAACCUGUUUGACCCGAAGCUAUAUCAAGCUCCUCCUCUGCCCCAAAGCGGUGUCAGGUCAUCCAGUCCGUUCGUGUCGCCAUCACUUUCGAAAAAGUCAAAUACGGCCAGCCAAAGGCAAAGGGCCCAAGAGGGACUAGCCUCACACCUUCCAGAGCAUCUCAGGGAAUAUUUGCCCAUUGUCAACGUCAAAGUCACGGCACUUUGCGGCGUGUGGUAUGUCACGUCGUCCCUUUCCAGCAACCUUUCGAAGGCCAUCUUGAGCGACUUCCCACACCCUGUGGCCCUAACAGAACUACAAUUUUUAAUUAGUGCGAUGCUAUGUGUGCUCUUCGCAACGCUAGCAAAUUGGUUGAGCUCCGAGACUAGAAAGGCGGGCACCUUAUCUCAGGCUUUACUUGCUUUCCCAGAGGGAAUUCUACCCAGUUAUCUGAACGGAGAUUUCAAACUAUGUGUGCUUAACAAAUUCUUAACCCCAUGCAAGCUGGCUUUGGCAACAACAUUCCCCAUGGGUAUUUUCCAACUUGUCGGCCACAUCAGUUCUCACAAAGCCACAUCACUUAUACCUGUAUCACUAGUACACUCCAUGAAGGCACUUUCCCCGAUAAUGACCGUCUGUUACUACAGGGUUUUCAAAGGGAAGCAAUACAACACGAUGACUUACCUAACUCUGAUACCCUUAAUAAGCGGGGUCAUCAUCACUUGUUGGUCAACGCAUGGGAAUGCCAAACCCACUGAGUCUGUCGGCGAACGCAAUUUUCUAACGGGGCUUCUGUUCGCCCUGCUAUCUAUGGGUAUCUUCGUUACUCAGAACAUCUUCGCCAAAAGUAUUUUGACAGUCAGAAAACAACGAGGAAUCCUUCCCUCCAAGGUGGAAAAACAUUCAGCAUCGCAUGAAAAGGAAUAUUCGCCUCUUCAAAUUGAUAAGCUUACAAUUUUAUUUUACUGCUCAUGCAUUGGCUUUGUUCUAACCGCACCAAUAUUUGUUUCCAACGAGAUUGUUAAUCUCAAUUCAACACACAGCGUUUUCAGAGAUUUCAGUGGAAGAACAUUAGCUUUGGUAAUUAUUCAUGGUGCCACACAUUUUUUUCAAGCCAUGCUGGCUUUCCAACUAAUUGGAAUGUUAUCACCUGUCAAUUAUUCGAUCGCCAAUAUUAUGAAACGUAUAGUUAUCAUUGCGGUAGCCCUUACGUGGGAAUCUCACCUCUCGUUUCAGCAAGUAUGCGGUUUGUCCAUGACUAUAGCCGGACUAUACGGUUACGACAAAUGGGGGGUGUCUAGAAAGUCGGCGUAA